AUGCCCUCGAAAGUGAUCUUUCUAGCAGUGUUCUUGUUUUUCACAGGAAGUGCAGAUACCAACCAUUCUGAAAAGGCUGGAUUCACACAAAAAACAGAGGACUCUCUCGACAGAGACUUUGAAAGACACAGAUAUAAGCGAGCUCUUUUUGGACAUGAACAUGACUACUUCCGACAAUAUUAUAAAGAUAUUAACCGUCUUAAUGACUAUUGUGAUGUUAGAAAUAAUGGAAGAAUAUCAUACUCAGGCUGGAAACAGUUGGGAUCAACUUCCUAUACUUCAGCCGUUAAUGACUCAACCAAGUACUAUGCAUCUCAAGCAAAGAAGGGUUUUAAUGUGAAUUACCAGAUCAAUAAGAUCAGGGCGAUCAUACGUCAUCGGAACGAAACCGCUUUUAAACCCCGCAUUAAAAAGAUAGUACAACUGAAUAAGAUUGUAUAUAAACAAGUUGUGGGCCCAGAUGAAGGACAUAGCCAUGUUAUCAAUCUAUGGGUGAAGGGAUUGAAGCAAAUUGAAAACGGAGUGAAAAUGGCCAAGUACAAGUCGCACGCGUACGGGCGCAAGAAAAGAGGCAUUCCAUUUUUCCUGGCAGCACUAGGGAUCGCCGGGUGGGCCAAGCUAAAGAUCGCCUUAGGUCUCGGUGGUACCGCAGUUGCAGCCGCUUCAUCUGCUUAUGCUGGAAUAUUACUUCAAAAUAACCUACGUCGCCAAACAUUUUCCAGAGAUGUAUCUAGUGGCAGUGCAUACGGAAGAAGUAGAAGUACAAGUACUGUGAGACGCACAAGUACUAUUGGAAAUUCCAGAAGAAUGCUAUGUCCCUUUCUGUUUAUUAAGCUGUCACAGAACUGGUUAAAACUGGCAUUUACAUCAGCUAGAACUAUCAAAAUAGAUGCAUCAAUUUCUCCACUGGCUACUCCCAAACAAUUUGAACAAUUCAUUCAGGCAGCAAGUGUUUCCACCAAUAAAAUGAAAAGAAUUGAUUUCAUCCAGAAGAACUGUUUGAACUGUGGACUGUUUGAAAUAUUUUGCACCUGCUCAGAAAUCCAUUCACAGCCUGCCUUUGAAUUUGAAAAGCUGUUUUUAAUUAAAUAAAUUUUCUAGAUAAAUAAUACUUUGAAUUUUUAACAGUACAAUGGUGUGAAAGUUUGAAGGCUGUUAAGAUUUGAAUAUCUUUACUUGAAUGUAUUCUGACAGGCGCGUAGCUACCUAUACGCAAAUACGCAGAUGUGUACACAUCGUUUUCAAAUU